CAGAUGACCUUACCCACUUAUCUAUCUCUCUUUUGUUAUGAGCAAAAUCUCACUUCUCUCUCUCGGUCUGCUGAUCUUACCAUCCUUUGUGCCAAAAAGAGAAGGGUCUCUCAAGAGACAAGUGUUAGGAUUACAAAGACAACACCAGCUUCCCUCUUCUCGACACGACCCUCUGUUACGUCUGCGCCAGCUAUGUCCUCUCCUUGCCAGUUGCCACGUUUUAAUACUCCCUUCUACUAUAUAUACACACACUUACAUUUCCUCAUGUCUUGCCUAGUCACUCACCAAAAGUCGUCAAAUAACAACUCCUUCGAGCUGUCAACAUCAGCAUAUGUCAUCCAUAGAAUCAAACGUAAUGAUGGUUGGUGCAAAUAAGAAACAACGAACGGUCCAAGCUAGUUCAAGGAAAGGCUGUAUGAGAGGAAAAGGUGGACCUGAUAACGCGUCUUGCACAUACAAAGGCGUUAGACAACGCACUUGGGGCAAAUGGGUCGCUGAGAUCCGUGAGCCUAACCGAGGAGCUCGUCUUUGGCUCGGCACUUUCGACACCUCCCGAGAGGCUGCCCUGGCUUAUGACUCCGCAGCUCGUAAGCUCUAUGGGCCUGAGGCUCACCUCAAUAUCCCUCAUGAGCCCGUAAGAAGUUACCCCGAAACGACACAAACGCCAAGCAGCAACUCGGGUGGAAAAAGCGACUGCUGGGUCAACAAGGAGUCGCCUUGUUCAUCUAACGAGAUGUCAUCGUGGGGAACAAGAGAGGAGAUAUCAUGGGAAAAUAUGAACGCUGAUUUGCCGGUAACGGAUGAUUCUUCUAUAUGGGAAGAAGCUACAAUGUCGUUAGGGUUUCCGUGGGUUCAUGAAGGAGAUGAUAAUUUUUCUGCGUUUAAUACUUGUAUUUCCGGUGGCUAUUCUAAUUGGGAUUCCUUUAAUUUCCCCACUUUGAGGUUUCACUAAACUCUCUUAAUUAUAAAGACCUUAUCAUAUACAAUA